AUGGAUGCUAAUUUUGACGAACUUUCGCACGACACAAACAUAAUUGCCAAACUGAAACAGUUCAGUGAAGCGGCCUUCAAAAUCCAGGAUAUGGUGGAAGUGAUUAGCGAUCCUUCGUUAUUCGAUAAACUUUCCAAUACAGAUAAAAUUAAAUAUAACUUGCUGCUAUCUUACAGUCUUAAUAGUUUGUUUUGGAUGUACCUGAGAGCCGAAGGGAUCGAUCCAUCGAAUCACCGAAUCAGAUUAGAAAACGAGAGAUUGAAGAAGGCGAUGGUACGAGCGAAACAAAUCAAUGAUAAAAAUACACUUAUGCCACGCAUCAACAAAGAUGCUGCCAAGAGAUUUAUGAGGAACAGCUUGUGGGAAUUGAACAAAAAAAAGCACAAGAGUAUGAAGAAAGAAAUUGACAAGUCUGAAGAAUCGUCACCUACAUAA